AUUAAGGUAUACAACAGUCUGUCACCUGCUGGGGGAGGUUGUGGGUGGUGUAUAGUUCUGUGUAGUUUACUAGUCGAAACAGAUAUUUAUUUAUGAAUCAGUAUUUCAGCCAAAAAUAAUGGCACCGUCUUGUUUAGAAGUAAUUUUAGUUGUAUUCAUAUUUGUCUUGCCAUUCCUUUAUGAAACAAGUAGAACGUUUAGAUAUUACUUCAAGUUUUUGAUGUACUAUGGUAUCGUGAUGGCAAAUGCAGUGAUGGUUAUACCUAUUAUGAUCUUUCGCCCCUGGGACGUCAAAAAUUUAUUACUGGCGUCGUCGUUGUGUCACCAUGUGAGCACUUUGCUUGGGUUGCGUUGGGAACUCCGAGGACGUGAACAUUUGGAAAAAGAACAAGCUUGUAUAAUUGUAGCAAACCAUCAAAGCUCUUUGGACAUAUUAGGCAUGUUCGAUAUAUGGCCAGUUAUGGAUAAGUGUACAGUGGUUGCCAAAAAAGAAAUAUUCUACGCUUGGCCAUUUGGCCUUGCAGCAUGGUUGAGCGGUUUGAUAUUCAUAGAUAGAAUGAAUUCAGAAAAGGCUCGUUUGGUUAUUAAUACUGCAACAAAACACAUCAUCGAUCAGAAGAUCAAACUAUGGGUAUUCCCUGAAGGCAGGAGAUUUAACACUGGUGAAAUUCAUUCAUUCAAAAAGGGAGCAUUCCAUGUUGCUGUUAGCUCUCAGUUGCCAAUUUUGCCAGUUGUAUUUUCUUCCUACUAUUUCUUAUCUGCUGAAGAAAAACGGCUUGAUCCCGGGCGUGUUGUUAUAACAACACUACCACCGAUAUCUACCAAAGGAUUGGUCAAAGGUGAUAUUGAAGCUCUGAUGGAAAAAACGAGAAAUAUGAUGAUGGAAGUGUUUCAUGCAACCAACCAGGAAGUGCAGGCUUCGCUUUCUACGAGCAAACAACACGUGAAACGAGCAGCUUGAAUUUUGCAUCAGUUUGAUGCAAAUAACUUGGUAUUUAGCUGAAUUUUGAUUUUACGGAGAGGACUUUUAAAACCACACAUUUUACACCAAUUUCUCCCCAGACCAAAGGUACAUUUUUUGGAAUAUUUUUAUUUUCGAUCCUGCGAGAGGGUAAAUCUUUUAUUUUUUGUACUCUGAUGAGUUAGUAUUAGCAUGUCCUAAAAAUAAUAUACAAAAGACUUGAGUAUUUCUAGAUGCUUUAGGUUUAUAUGUUCCUAAAUCGAUACUAAUAUUUUAUUAUUGCUGACCCAAUUUGUACCUUUAUUUUAUGCAUCAUUCAGUCAACACAUGAGAUUUGCGAGUGGUAGAGUCAACUCAAUUUUUCUCAGGUCCAAAAACAUAACGUGAAGUAUUAUAUUAAAUUUAACCAAAGAAAAACAAACGAUAAUUUUAGCCAAUACACAGGUAUAUUAGAGAUUACAAGACCGCCACUAUCUGGGUUUUGAAUAAUAUAAAAUCAGGUACAUGAAAAAUGAAUUUUAUUUGCUAGCUAAAAUAUGAAAAAUUCAUGCAAUUGGCAAAUUUUCGCUAAUCGCACUAAUGAUUUACAUCAGAGAGCUAGUCUGCGAGCAAUAAAGUAUGAUGAAAAAUUUCGUUGUAAGUCGUCUUUGAACAAAUCACUGAAAUGAGUCAACGAAUACUGUGGGUGACACAAAGUACACUGUAAAAUGUACAAGUGUGACAAUCAGCUAUUGGUUCUCCCUAUUUGAAUUGUAGAAAAUAAAUUUCACUGCGACUUGCAAGGCAAAUCUAAAAAUUGCUUGUAUAACAAAUUAGAAACUGCGUGAUAAUUAAAAUCAAAUAUGCUGCAGCCUUUGAUAGUGAACAGCAUCAUUUCUCUUAGCUGAAUAUUAUUGACUUACGUGAUGACUUUUGCUGAUACAGUAUUCAUCGAUAAACUAAUUUACCAAAGAUUCAUUCGAAUUAAAAAGUAUCCAACUACUUUUCUGUUGCCAUUUAAAAGUAGAAUAGUUAUAGUAUUAUAAUUAUGAUUAAUAAUACUUGCCAUAGUAAAACAAUUUAGGUACUUAAGCUUAUGUGUGUACCUUAGUUGCUACCGAUAAUGAUCGAGACUAACUGUUUUUGUAAUUAGCAAAUAACAAUUUUUGUAAACAACCCAUAAUCCAUGUGACUCUUGUGACGAUGGAGGCAUUCCAUUUUGAAGUAAUUUUUUUUUGGCUGAGAUUGCUAGCAAUUAUCCCAGUAAUGUUGUACAAAUUGCAAAAUGACCUCAAAUGUGCCAAUACCAGGCUAGUUGUCAUCAUUUUUAGUUCAUUUUCAAGAAUAGUUUGUGAUUCCAUUUGUAGGGAACUUUAUGCUACUUCAACAUAGACUAGUCAAAUAUUCAAUUGUUUACUGCUUGGUCGAAAAAGUGACAAUUUUAUGAGGUGAAAUCUAAUUGACGAUUUAGCAAACAUAUACCUGUAUGUAUAUACCGAACCCAAUGCGCUUAUAUACAGACGCGUUUGUAUAUCUGAUGUAUUUUUUGGUUCAUACACCGUCAAGGAAAUCCUGAGAAUGGUACUAACAGCUAAAGUUGCUCAGUCCCACUGGAAUGGAAAAUUUAUAAACGGCCUCAGUCAGUGGCUGAGUAUGGCUAUAUUCUAACGUGAAUCUUGAAUAAUAUCGUCGACUUAAUUCACGCGGUUUAUUUACAAAACCUUGAUACUUUUAUUGGAAAAUAAUAGUCAUAAAGAUGGAAACCUUUAAGCAGGGAUUAGUUUUUUUUCCUCAUUCAAGACUAUACAAUCUUCUAUGUACCAUAUUGUAGUGUUGUAUUUUAUAAAUUCCAAUUACACUAGCCAUUAAUUAUACACACCAAUGCGAAUUGUAUUCGAACGAAAACAAAUAAAACCGCGGUUUUACGAAA